AUUUUAUUCAAGAAAAAAAAAAUGUGGGAUUUGAAAAUAUAUAAAAGAGGAAUGUCUCAGUUCACACUCAUUCCAUUUAUAUUGUAAAUACAAACUGAAGAAAGCAAGAUGGAAAACAAGAAAUUUACACUAAUUUUGGCAAUGAUCAGAGUCGCAUGUGGAUUUUUGUUGGAGACUCCUGAUAUGCACUGUAACAAAAUUCUGACGCAUAAUGAUAAAAUUCAAGGAUCUGAUACACCAAGUCCAAUCGAAGUAAACCAUUGUACAAAUCUACUGCGCAGUAAUACUAGAGCUUGUCAACUCGACACAUCUUCUUGCGAUUUUCCGUGUCGAUUUGGAUACGAACUCGAUGAGAACGGCUGCCCUAAACGAGACUGCACUUGUGCAACCGAAGGCAUCUUUGAAGGAGAUAUAAAAUUUACAUUGGAUGAUAUACCAUUACUAAUUGAGGCGUAUGAUGAACCACCACAAGACAAGCAACAAGCGGCUUCAGAAAACAUGCCGAGAUGGGAUGAGGACAGAGUUGAUGGCCGCGUCAAAAUUGGCUACGUCAUCAAGUCUGACAUGUCUUCUCGGGCCAGGGCAGCAAUCGAGGAAGCAAUCAGCAAAUACACUGAAGAAACUUGCAUUGAUUUUGUACCAAGAACCGAUCAGAAUGAUUAUUUGUUGUUUGCAAGUAUGGGAGGCUGCUGGUCGUACGUGGGCAGAAGAAGAGGGCCACAAUAUAUAUCUAUUGGAUCUGGAUGCGAAUGGGUUGGGGUCGUUCAACAUGAACUUCUGCAUGCUUUAGGAUUCUGGCAUGAGCAAUCAAGACCAGACAGAGAUUCGUACGUCGAAAUUCGAUUCGACAACAUUGCUAGCAAUAUGAAACACAAUUUUAACAAACGCCAGGCAAUUGAUUCAAUGGGAUCCAUGUACGACAAAGGUUCAAUCAUGCAUUAUGGAGGGUAUGCAUUCUCCAGCAACAGACAACCAACCAUCGUUGAUAUAACGACAGGACAGCCUAUAAAGUCGCAGAGAGAAGGAAUGUCUGAAUCAGAUAAAUAUCAAGUCAAUAAAAUGUAUAAAUGCAAUGCUGAGGGAGGCGGAGAAGAGCAACCUGAAUGGAGUACGUGGUCACAGUGGUCAAGCUGCUCUCUAACUUGUGGAGUUGGGCAAAAGAGAAGAACAAGAACAUGUAUGCUCGGAUCCCAAACUGUUUCUGUACAAAAGUGCGAAGGAUCGGCGGUUUUGCAAGAAAACUGUAAAAUUAAAGAUUGUUCAACAACGAGCACCGGAACGUGGUCUUCUUGGUUGUCCUGGUCUACGUGCAGCGUUUCAUGUGGUGGGGGAUAUCGAUGGAGGAGAAGAAUAUGCAACGGUGGGCGAUGCAUUGGCUCUGUAUGGCAAGCUGGAAAGUGCAACACAAAUAGCUGUUCAUCAAGCACUGGAAUUUUCGAAGCCAAUCCGAUCGAGACUUCAAAACAAUUUUGUCUUAGUGGAAACCUAUAUCAUGGAGAUUUCAACGGUGAUAAGAAGAGCGAUUUGUUAUGUAUUUUUUCAAGUGGCUGGACGCAAAUCAUUGUCGACAAUGAAGGUGAUAAUUUUGGUAAAUACCUCUGGCAAGCACAAACAACUCCGUGCAACAAUGGAGCACAAAUCUACAUUGGAGACUUUAACGGAGAUUCCUCAGAUGAUAUGAUGUGCAUAAACGUAAACUCAGGGCAACUUUCUGUCACGUUUUCGGAGGGUGGUGGUUUCGGAUAUAAACCUGACUGGACGGUAAAUGUGAAUAAUUUCUGUGAUGAAGAAAACGAGAAAAUAAUGGUUGUUGACGCAAACGGCGAUGGUAAAAGCGACCUCAUCUGUCGAAGUAACUCCGGCAAGAUUUCAAUACUGGUUAACAAGCAUACAUGAAUAUGUUUGCAAAUUGACAUUUGGCUACUAAGUAACCAAUAAAGGAAUAAAUGAGACAGAGAUAGAUUGUUGCUCAACACAAAUGAUUCUUUUUUUUUACUUUUGAAUAAUUAAAUCUUAUUUGCUUCGAAA